CGGGGGCCCUGUACUUCUCCAAGACGUCGGAGGUGGGAGCCCUAUACGGGACUGCAAAGACGCAGCGAACAGGCAGACCUCGUUCACUUGAAAAAGUCAGAAGUCGGAAACAACAACACACACGUAGAACAAUUUACGAAGCCUAGAUGUAUUUCUCAGACGUUUUGUGAGCAAUUCAUCACAUCGGAAUCCUGCCAUUUCACUUUAAACGCGAGGAAAAGGAGAGAAGAGCAGCAGUGACUGGAUGACCAUGAGGACAGACAGUACUCUGUCCCCUUCUUGGAUGUUGACUGGAACCCACGUUCUACAUCUGGGUCAUGUGGAGUAGCUGGAAGCUACACGGACCGUGAACUCUACUCUCUGUCUUCGCUCUACAGAGGAUAGGGGACUAGCGGUGGAGUCGUGUAGUGAAGAGACAAAACAAUUCAACGAGCGGUCAAGGAGGCUGUCAGUGUGUAGCGCUGGAGGCUGCAGGGUGGCUGUGUGUACUGGGGAGUUCCUGACAUCGCGGAGAAGAGAGAGGGGGACUGGCACUUGUUCACCGUAGAGGCAAACGCACGCGGUCAGACCUGCCAGCGUGUGAGGCUGCGGAGCCAGGGAUUUGGUGUGCCGCAGUUUAUGGAGAUGGUGACUGUGUGGUUGCCGUGGGGAUGGGCCUGGAGAACUGUGCUGCUGGUGACUGGACUGGCUUCGCUAAACCCCGGAGCUGACGCCAACGUGUUGGACAGCAUGUUGCUCCGGAGCCCGGGGAGAGAGCGCCCAGACAGCAGGAGGGAGGAGGGGGGAAGUGCAGCCCCCGGACCUGCACAGAAGAUCAUCUGGUGUCACUGCUCCCCUCUCUGUCCUGACUACUCUAUCAACAGUACCUGCUGGACUGAUGGUUAUUGUUUCACCAUGGUGGAGGAAGAAGAGGGCAGUGUUCCUAUGUUCUCCUCUGGAUGUCUGGGGAUGACGGGGUCUGAGUUCCAGUGUCGGGACACAGGGAAUGCCCGUCUGAGGAGAACUCUAGAGUGCUGUACUGACCAGGACUACUGCAAUAAAGACCUGCAUCCAACACUACCACCACUGAGGACACCUGAUUAUGUGGACAGCAGUAUCCACCACAUGGCUCUUGUCAUCUCGGUCACAUUUUGCAUCAUCAUCCUGGCCUUCGUCAUCGUCUUCUAUUACUUCAGGUAUCGGCGACAGGAGUCGCGGCCUCGCUACACCAUUGGUCUGGAGCAGGACGACACCUACAUCCCCCCUGGAGAGUCCCUAAAGGACCUGAUAGAGCAGUCCCAGAGCUCUGGAUCAGGAUCAGGACUCCCCCUGCUGGUGCAAAGGACCAUAGCCAAGCAGAUCCAGAUGGUGAAGCAGAUUGGUAAAGGCCGCUACGGGGAGGUGUGGAUGGGGCGCUGGCGGGGAGAGAGGGUGGCGGUCAAGGUGUUCAUCACCACAGAGGAGGCCAGUUGGUUCAGAGAGACGGAGAUCUACCAGACGGUUCUCAUGAGACACCAGAACAUCCUGGGCUUCAUAGCGGCUGACAUCAAGGGCACGGGGUCGUGGACCCAGCUCUACCUGAUCACCGACUACCAUGAGAGCGGCUCCCUGUACGACUACCUCAAGUCCACCACGCUGGACAUCAAGGCCCUGCUCCGGCUGGCCUACUCCUCCGUGUCAGGCCUGUGUCACCUCCACACAGAGAUCUUCGGCACACAGGGCAAGCCGGCCAUCGCUCAUCGGGACCUGAAGAGCAAGAACAUCCUGGUGAAGAAGAACGGCGCCUGUUGCAUCGCCGACCUGGGUCUGGCCGUUAAAUUCAUCAGUGACACCAACGAGGUAGACAUCCCUCCCAACACCAGGGUGGGGACUAAGCGCUACAUGCCCCCCGAGGUCCUGGACGAGACCCUAAACAGGAACCACUUUCAGUCCUACAUCAUGGCCGACAUGUACAGCUUUGGCCUCAUCCUCUGGGAGAUUGCCCGGCGCUGUAUCUCUGGAGGCAUUGUAGAGGAGUACCAGCUGCCUUACCAUGACAUGGUGCCCUCUGACCCCUCCUAUGAGGACAUGAGGGACCUGGUGUGCAUCAGGAGACAGAGGCCCUCGUUUGCCAACCGCUGGAGCAGUGAUGAGUGUCUCAGACAGAUGGGCAAGCUGAUGACGGAGUGUUGGGCCCACAACCCCGCGUCUCGUCUCACCGCUCUGAGAGUGAAGAAGACCCUGGCCAAGAUGUCCGAGUCUCAGGACAUCAAGCUGUGACACACCGUGGCCGUCCGCCGCCUGGAGACAUUCAUCCCCUGGAGACGUGUCCGUGCCACUGCCAGGAGAAAGGUUGACAGAAGGAAAUUACAGACAGAGAUAAAGAGACAGAGAGAGAGAGAUAUGUUUUGUCAGGUUUGGGGUUCUGUUUUCUCUUUGGCUGUGCCAUUGUCAAGUUGAAGAGUCCCAGUGGGCAGUUUCUAGUCUGGUUUGAACCGGUCUGGUCCGGCAUUGCUUUCUGUGAAAGCGGAGUGGCUGUCUGAGGGAGAAACGUAAGGACAGACAGCGCCCUCUACAGGAGAGGAGACGCUCCGUCCCUUGUGACGAAGAGAGGGAGAGAGAAUGGAGUUCAUGCUCUGUCCAUCUGAAGCCAUAAAACAGUAUUGUUUGUUCAUCUUCACUUUAACAUUUUCGAAGUAUAACCCCUUCAAAACCCUGCGGAACAAUGUCAGUGUUCAGGAAGUGUAAUUACAUGUUAACAGCACUGUUGUGUAGGGUUAUGACAGCGUUGUGGUGGCUAGUUGAAACAAAAUGUUGUGCUGUAGCAGCUAGCCCCAUUGUCCUUUUGUUCAGAGCCAGAUUUACAAGGCUGCUGCAUCACUUCCUUAGAAACCCUGGCUAUAGUUAUUAUUAAUACAUGACAAAAUUACUUUUGGGACCAUUUAGCUGUCCAAAGGAGUCAGUCAAAAUCGCCUGAAAUGUCUCUGCAUUUAGGACUACAUAGAAAAUAAUGAGUUUUAUUCUCGUGGAUAAUCUACGUGAGGUCGUGUCAAUAAGAGGGUUUUGCUCGUGGUUGUCUUGCUACUGUAAUAGUCAACAUUUCUUGCAUUGUAAAUAUAUAUGUUGAAAUGUAUUGAUAAUGAGCGACUCACUAACAAUGUUAAAUGUGUGUUUUGGUUGUUUGUACAGAAUGUCCCCCAGCCGUCCCUCCACCACUAUGGCUUGUGCCUUAUUUAAUCUGUACGUUUGUGUAUAAGAGAGGGGGUGGCCCAGCUAGACAUUCCCCAAUAAAAUGCUGUCAGUCUC